UCCCAAGAGAGAGUCUUGCGACAGCUCCAGAGGUCAGGACUGAAACAGCAUCUGUUUGUAGUCCACGUGCUGUCACUCAUCAGAUGGCUCACCUUGCUGGCAUGAGGCCACAUCCACACCUGCAGCCUCUCCACCUUGCCUGGCUCUUCCCUCAGCUCCUUCAACUCCCACACGAGGCGUGAACAUAUUGAACUCCACAACGAAGCCUCCUAGCUUCUGCAGGCCAUCCGUGUCAUCCAAGGUCAGAGGUCAUUGGAACUGAUGGAUUUCAGUGUCAGUCUGUUCUCAUAAACCCCCGAUGACGAUGGCAGGUUCCAGAGUACUCUUGAUGUCCCUCUCUUGGUGACUGCCCACCAUCUUCUCUUCCUGAUCUUCUUAGGAACUUCAAGUUUCAGAUCUUUAUUAACAAUGAAUGGCAGAACUCAGAGAGUGGGAAAGUGUUCCCUGUCUGCAAUCCAGCCACAGGAGAGCAAGUGUGUGAAGUUCAAGAAGCAGACAAGGUGGAUAUAGACAAGGCAGUGCAGGCAGCCCGCCUGGCCUUCUCUCUUGGUUCAGUGUGGAGAAGGAUGGACGCUUCUGAGAGAGGACGUCUGCUGGACAAGCUUGCAGACUUGGUGGAGCGGGACAGGGCAGUUCUUGCAACCAUGGAAUCCCUAAAUGGUGGCAAACCAUUCCUGCAAGCUUUUUACAUCGAUUUGCAGGGAGUCAUCAAAACCCUGCGGUAUUAUGCAGGCUGGGCUGAUAAAAUUCAUGGAAUGACCAUUCCUGUAGAUGGAGACUAUUUUACUUUCACGAGACACGAACCCAUUGGAGUGUGCGGACAGAUCAUCCCAUGGAACUUUCCCCUGCUGAUGUUCACCUGGAAAAUCGCUCCCGCACUGUGCUGUGGCAACACAGUGGUUAUCAAGCCGGCAGAGCAGACACCACUCAGCGCACUGUACAUGGGAGCCCUCAUCAAGGAGGCUGGCUUUCCACCCGGAGUCGUCAAUAUUCUGCCAGGGUAUGGACCAACAGCAGGGGCAGCAAUAGCUUCUCAUAUUGGCAUAGACAAGAUUGCGUUCACAGGCUCUACUGAGGUUGGCAAGCUGAUUCAAGAAGCAGCCGGAAGAAGUAACUUAAAGAGAGUGACUCUGGAGCUCGGGGGGAAAAGCCCUAAUAUUAUUUUUGCCGAUGCUGACUUGGACUAUGCCGUGGAGCAGGCUCACCAGGGGGUGUUCUUCAACCAAGGCCAGUGCUGCACCGCAGGGUCUCGAAUCUUUGUGGAAGAGUCCAUCUAUGAGGAGUUCGUGAAAAGAAGUGUGGAAAGGGCCAAGAGGCGCAUUGUGGGGAGCCCCUUUGACCCCACCACUGAACAGGGUCCUCAGAUUGAUAAGAAACAAUACAACAAGAUCCUGGAGCUCAUCCAGAGUGGUGUGGCUGAGGGCGCCAAGCUGGAGUGUGGAGGCAAAGGACUGGGAAGGAAGGGCUUCUUCAUUGAGCCCACUGUGUUCUCCAAUGUCACUGAUGACAUGCGGAUCGCCAAGGAGGAGAUCUUUGGUCCUGUUCAGGAAAUUCUGAGGUUUAAGACUAUGGAUGAAGUUAUCGAAAGAGCCAAUAACUCAGACUUUGGACUUGUAGCAGCUGUCUUCACUAAUGACAUCAACAAGGCCCUCAUGGUGUCUUCUGCAAUGCAAGCUGGAACUGUUUGGAUCAAUUGUUACAAUGCCUUAAAUGCUCAGAGCCCAUUUGGGGGGUUCAAGAUGUCUGGAAAUGGGAGAGAAAUGGGAGAGUUUGGCUUACGUGAAUACUCAGAGGUGAAGACAGUGACGGUGAAGAUCCCCCAGAAGAACUCCUAAGAGGCCCAGCUGGAAGAGCACCAGUGUGCCAAGACUGCCACGUCCCGCCAGGCCUCAUCCGUCAUGCCCUGUGGCCCGCUCGUCCACACACUACUCUUGCCUCCCAACAAAUGAGCUUCAGCCUGCAGGGGGGAGGUGUGAAGCAAGCCCGACUCCCCUUCCUCCCCAACCCCACCGUUCCCUCUGCCUCCAGUGAGCCUCAUCUGGUGUGGGCCGCUCCGCCCUCCUUCCCUUCUCCCCAGCUGCCAAAUCGAAGCCAGUCUCCGACCUGGGUGAACAACAUUUAUUUAAAAAUGCCAAAUAUAACCUAGGUGUAGAAUAUGGACAUCUAUCUAUCGUCUUCUCUAUUUAACGGUUUUCCACUUCCUAACCAAACCAGUUUUCAGUUUUCUAUUUAUAACUUGCCUGUCCACGGUAUUUUCAAGCGAGCUCUCCUUGCUGUUACUGGCAAACGACAAUGUGCUCAGCAGACAGAGCCCUGACAUGCGCUUUGAGUCCGUCCGUGGGCGCCCUGCUCCUCCCACAGCACACCCACGUGAACACAGCAUUAAUCAGCUAGUUCCCUUCAAACCACAGUAUAGAAUGUGAAAAUGAAGAUUUAUGACUUUUAAUUUACUUCAAAAGAAACCUCUGUGCUAGCAAUAAAGCAUUUAUAUUGUGUACA